AACAUCAAUUGCUGCUACUGUUGUUUAUUUGGAUUCCCUUGGUCAGAAAUGACUUUACGGCACUUAAAACCAACGUGGACAUAUCGGUGGUCAGGUUGAACAUUCCCUUAAAAGGCAGCAUGACCGAAUUCAUCAAGCUGGCCCCCGUAAUGCCGAGCCUUGACGAUACAUAUCUUACAUUUGGAUGGGGCUUUGACAGUCUGGAAGUGCAGCCACCUUCAGAUGAGCCACGAAAGACAGAACUGACAUUUACGCCGCUGGAUACAUGUAAAACAAAAAUUCAGACGGGAUUUGUCUCGGACACUGUUCUGUGCGCGAAAAUGCCCGAGGAUAGUUUUGAGUGCAUUUACGAUGGUGGUUCUCCGGUGGUCUGGAAAAACCUACUCGUUGCCGUCGCCUCGGUGGGAUUUACAUGUAGGAAUACUUCGCUUCCUGGCAUUUAUACGAGCGUGAUCAAGCUAACACCUUUUAUAAAGAAUAUUCGGAAAGCAGUCAGGUCUGGUCAAUUGGCUCGUCGUAAAAGGGAAAUCCGUCAGCAGUGGGAAAGCCUAAAAAGAUCACCAAGCCCAUAAGAAACUAAAUUUAUUGAAUGUCUAUCUCCACUAAA